GACAGCGACAGUUGAUAGUGUUUUGUUUGACGGCGUAUGUUUACUAAUAUUAGAAAGUGAUGCGUGAAGUUUUCUCAUGCACUUAAUUGUAAAAGAAGAAGUCGAGAACAAUGAAACGCGUGGUACAGGGUCAGGAUAAAAGUGCAAAGAUUAUUAAAGAAGAUCGGGAGGACAGUGAUGGAGAAGAGAUGGAACACGAGUCCGGAGAGACGGACAAGUCUAGCUCCACCAGCGAGACGAGUGAUGCGGCCACUGACACAGAUGACAGUUCAGAAAUGGAUGAAGAAGAGUGUGAAAGAAGACGAACUGAAUGCAUGGAAAACUUAGUAGAUCUUGAGAGGCAGUUUAGUCUCCUUCGUGAACAGCUGUACCGCGAGCGCGUCACGCAGGUGGACACGAAGCUGUCGGAGGUGCGCAGCGGGCGUGCCCAGGAGUACCUGCAGCCGUUGGAACAGCUACAGCAGAACAUGCGUGUGCGCACCGAGGUGGCGGGCAUCCUGCGCGAGCUGCGCCUCGCCAACAUCCAGAACAAGUUCGACGCCGAGGAGCUCGCCGCACAGCAAAACCUCGAGAGUGAGAAGUCACUCCUCUGGGACUCGAUCCAGAGUGACCUGGAGGAAAAAAUCCGCCGCCUAGAGGAAGACCGGAACAAUGUCGACAUCACCGCCGACUUGUGGCUCGUGGAGCAGUCGGCAUCAGCGGGUGGACUUACUGGCAGCGGUCGCAGUGGAUCGGGCAGCCGCCGGCACGGUUCGAGUGCCGGUGCCGACUGCGUGGGGGCUGGUGGGUGCGGCAACGGUGCGGGAGGUAGUGGCGGCAGUGGCUCAGGGUCGAGGCGGAAACCUGUGUCCGUGUCGGGUCCGUACGUCGUGUACAUGCUGCGAGACACGGACAUCCUGGAAGACUGGACGGCGAUCAAGAAGGCCCUCUCCGUGUCCAAAAGAAAGUCUGAAUUAUACAUCUGACGAAAGUGACGCACAUCACUGUGUGUGGGUGUGCCUUACGCUGCCAGCUGCACCUAUAUUCUCGGCGGUCUGCGCCGGCCGAGUGCUUUGCUCGUUUCUGGCCUCUUGCAAGUUACCGGAGGCUUUACUGACACUGUGCUCGUGCUGGCUGCUCGUACACUGAGGAAGUGUCCUCGGAGAAAUGCGAGAGUACAGUGUGGUUGCAGUUUCUCAAAAUGACAGUGUUCCGGUGCAGCUUUGCGUUCUGUGCUCUGCUCAGUCUUCUUCGCUGUUCUGUCACUCGUCCUCCCAGUGCCCGUGUGCAGAACAGUAUGACAGUUUCUGGACUUUUACAUUUGUUGCUUGUGACUUGCUGGAAAUGAAAUCCAGUGCUGGGAUAAAAGUACUAUUCUUCCAAUGAGGCUGUUAAGAAUGCAGGCCUGCCGGAAACACAACCACAGUGGCUGUUGCUAGAAUUUUGUCAAAACAGAGACUAAUGUGAUAGUACGAAGAACACAGUUAAUGAAAAGAAUAACAAUUGUAUUGCCCCUUCACUGGAAUAUUCACACUCCCCCCACUCUUGACGAGGAAUAUUAAAUAAAACAUUAUACUUCUUGUUGUAAUUUACGACACAAAUAGUAUAUUGAAACAAUAUUAUAAUUCCUCACAUUAAGAUUUCCUUACACACCAAAAUAGAAUUGGAUAUAGCUCUUUAAAAAUCACAACAGACCCUGUUUUCCUUCCAGCUGUCCCCAUAAGUCAGUAUUCCUUUUUCUUUCUCUUCGUCUUGACCAAUUGAUCUUCUAUUUCUCUGUGUCCACCCUAGUAAUGUGGGAAGUUGUGUCAUCCUUGUAUAGUAAUACUGCCACAUUACUGAAAACAGCAGGCAUUCCACUGCCCUAGGGCCAGGUUACUGUUCGGAUCAGAGUUUGCCUUAUUUUGAGCUUAUUGGACAGAGAUGAGAUUGAAACAAUCACACUAUAAAAUUGUUACUUCUCAAACAAUGAGAUAAUUGUUAAAAAUUGGGAAGUAUGAAACUCAGACCUGCAAGUUUUUCUUCUUGAGCACUCUUUGAUUUUUUUCGUACCCAUAGAACUUGAAGGUCAGUGCACAGACAUCAGUUUCCUAAAACAGUG